AUGGACUCCGAACAGAAAACUGAAGUAAUGGCAGCUAUUAAAAAGCAGACCAUGGUGGGUGCAGACACAACUGGAGUUCAGCCAUUCAUUAGUGGGAAACUGUUUGAUGUCAUGGUAUACAAGGGUAACAUCACUCAGCUGUCAGUGGAUGCUAUUGUAAAUGCUGCUAAUGGUAGGCUAGCUCAUGGAGUAGGAGUAGCAAGAGCUAUAGCUGAUGCAGCUGGUGAUGACUUGCUCAAAGAAGGAAACCAGUAUAUUCGAGAACAUGGUGUAAUCAGUGUGACUGGUGUUGCAGUUACCACAGCUGGUAGACUACCCUGCAAGAAGGUGAUUCAUGCUGUUGGACCAGCCAUGUAUGAUUAUAAGGACAAGACAGAAUGUCUGGAAGAUCUCUGUAAGACCAUACUGAGAUGUCUGUGUGAGGCAAGAAACCUGAAUAUGUCAUCUGUUGCUAUUCCAUCUAUCAGUUCAGGUAAAUACAUUAUUUUUGUGAAAUGGGAGUUGGAUAUAGCCAUGUGGUUAUAG